UGUCACGGUUGUAACAAUGGCCGCGACAUCAACAAUUAGUACCACGGAAACAGAAACACAAACGUCUACCACACUGGGGAGUUCAGCUUCCACAGUGUCCCAGACCACCUUGACCAUUACCUCAGCAGCUCCUACAGUUCAUCACACAACUGCUGCACCGGUUACUGAUUCUAGUGGGAACGAAGUGUGUAUUGUGGGUUGGGAGGCGUGUGCUGACGGGACAUGUGAGCCAUUUCAUUGGAUGUGCACAGAGCAUGAUGGCUCGUAUAACUUCACAACUCACUCGACAAGGAUGACUUCCCCCACGGAACGUACAACAACAGCGGCUAUGGUGUCAAGUGCUUCGGUGAUAAUUUCUUCCACUUCGCCUGUGAUGACAUCAAGUCUGCCAAUUGUGACGACAACUCAGCCAGCGGCAACCACUGAUGACAGUGGCCAAUGCGCGAAUGGCUGGGAAUUGUGCAAAGAUGGGAUUUGUGAGCCAUUCCAUUUGUUGUGCAACGAGCAUGACGGAUCCUCAAGUUUGAUUGGAUAGACAGUCAUUAACCGGUGAAAUACCAUUUGUUAAUAUUGCUGUUACUGAUACAAUGAACAUCGAAUAAAAUAUUAGGAAUUCUUUAUUUUACUAUACCGGUUCAUUUUUUACAGAUAUCUGCAAUAAA